AUGUCUUUAAUCUUUAUCGCAUUGUCGCAUACUCGCAUUCGGACGCAUCUCUCACUCUCUCGACUCUCACUGACUCACUCACCGACCGAGCAAAGAGCAGCGGCCAAUGGAUAAUAAUGGAGAUAAUUAUUAUUUAUCAUAUUUGUAAUUAUUUUUUAUUACUACUGCGUACACCGCGACGCCGCCGAAGCCGUAUCGCACACACGGUCACGCAUAGCAGUGGUGGUCAGUGGUCACGUACGAGUGUACGACGUAUCACGUCGACGUCUGUUGUCAGUGGUCACGUACGACGUACUCACGUCGACUCCCUUGCUGUAUACGCGUUAAGCGCACCGUCGCCAUCGCCGAGGACGUACCGUCGUUGUUUGACACCGACAACGCUUCCGCCAUAUAGCAUAUGCCACCCACCACCCGUUACUCAGACAAGCAAAAGCGACGACGAGUCAUCAGCAACACCACACGCCCGACGCAGCAAUGGACGACAUUAAGGUCGAGGUGCUCUUUGAGAACGGCGCCUAUUACGAGGGCUUUGUUACGGGUGUAAUGGAAAAAGAAGUUCUAGUUUCUUUCCCUAAUAAUUGGUAUCCUGAAACUCAAUUCAACCAUGAAAAUGUUCGACUCCCCUUGUCAGAUGACCAAUGUAGUACAGAGUUUAUUGUUAAUCAAGAAAUAGAAGUAAAAUUGGUCAGAAAACCUCAUUAUGGAUGGGUAAAGGCAGUGAUAAAAAUUAUCAGUGGUAGCCCACCAUCCCAGUUCGUUGUCCAAUAUUUCAACUCAACAGUUGUAGAAAUAGUCUCUCCCGAUAGAAUAAGAUGCAGUAACAUAAAUUCGCACAUUAAUGGAAAUACAUUUUACAUGUUUGAUAUUGAUGUACCUGAGGAUGUCAGAGAAACUGCUAAAACCAAUGGAAUACACAAAAACUAUCAGAAAGCAAUUGCCGCAUCUCGAGUGUUCUAUAAUCCUGAUAGAUCCGUGUUGAGUGUUAUAUCUCGUUCACCAUUGACCAGUGAAAGAGCAUUGAUGUUAGCCGACAUGCACUUUAGAAACCUGAACCAAAAUGUUAUGGUGCUUAUGAAAACUGGAAAAUUAGCCAAGCAACUGAAAAAUUCCAAGCAACAGUUUAAAUCAUCGUCUUAUACUGAUGAAUUUAAUGUAUGUGAUAAUCUCAUUGGUUUGGCUAUUGGUACUCGUGGCACAAAUAUCGAACGAGCUCGCAGGAUUGACGGUAUUACAAAUAUUGAAUUAGAUCAAAACACUGGUGUUUUUAAAAUUUAUGGAGAAAAUAAAGACGCUGUAAUGAAAGCUCGAGGAAUUUUAGAGUAUAAAGAAGAAUUUCUACAAGUUCCUAGACAUUUCAUGGGAAAAGUAAUUGGUAAAAAUAGUAGAAACAUCCAAGAUAUUGUUGACAAGAGCAGAGUGAUUGAAGUAAAAAUUGUAGGUGAUGAUGAGACACAACCCACCAUUCCUCGCGAAGAGGGUCAAGUUCCUUUUAUGUUUGUUGGCACGGUAGAAAGGAUAUCUAAUGCUAAAUUUUUGCUAGAAUAUCAUUUAGAACACCUUAAAAAACUUGAACCAUUCAGUCAAGAAAUAAUUGGAAUGAAGCAAGAAUUAUGUAGUAACUCACCAUCCCAGUCUGUUGCCAAGUAUUUCCACUCAACAGUUACAGAAAUAGUCUCGCCUGAUGAAAUCAAACGCAGUGACAGUAAUGGGGAUACAAAUUAUACAUUUGACAUUCCUGUACCUGAAGAUGUUAGAGAAUUUGCUAAAACCAACGGAAUACACAAAGAUUUUCAGAAAGCAAUUGCCGCAUCUCGAGUGUUCUAUAAUCCUGAUAGAUCCGUGUUGAGUGUUAUAUCUCGUUCGCCAUUGACCAGUGAAAGAGCAUUGAUGUUAGCCGACAUGCACUUUAGAAACCUGAACCAAAAUGUUAUGGUGCUUAUGAAAACUGGAAAAUUAGCCAAGCAACUGAAAAAUUCCAAGCAACAGUUUAAAUCAUCGUCUUAUACUGAUGAAUUUAAUGUAUGUAAUAAUCUCAUUGGUUUGGCUAUUGGUACUCGUGGCACUAAUAUCAAACGAGCUCGCAGGAUUGACGGUAUUACAAAUAUUGAAUUAGAUCAAAACACUGGUGUUUUUAAAAUUUAUGGAGAAAAUAAAGACGCUGUAAUGAAAGCUCGAGGAAUUUUAGAGUUUAAAGAAGAAUUUCUACAAGUUCCUAGACAUUUCAUGGGAAAAGUAAUUGGUAAAAAUAGUAGAAACAUCCAAGAUAUUGUUGACAAGAGCAGAGUGAUUGAAGUAAAAAUUGUAGGUGAUGAUGAGACACAACCCACCAUUCCUCGCGAAGAGGGUCAAGUUCCUUUUAUGUUUGUUGGCACGGUAGAAAGGAUAUCUAAUGCUAAAUUUUUGCUAGGACAUCAUUUAGAACACCUUAAAAAACUUGAACCAUUCAGUCAAGAAAUAAUUGGAAUGAAGCAAGAAUUAUGUAGUAACUCACCAUCCCAGUCUGUUGCCAAGUAUUUCCACUCAACAGUUACAGAAAUAGUCUCGCCUGAUGAAAUCAAACGCAGUGACAGUAAUGGGGAUACAAAUUAUACAUUUGACAUUCCUGUACCUGAAGAUGUUAGAGAAUUUGCUAAAACCAAUGGAAUACACAAAGAUUUUCAGAAAGCAAUUGCCGCAUCUCGAGUGUUCUAUAAUCCUGAUAGAUCCGUGUUGAGUGUUAUAUCUCGUUCGCCAUUGACCAGUGAAAGAGCAUUGAUGUUAGCCGACAUGCACUUUAGAAACCUGAACCAAAAUGUUAUGGUGCUUAUGAAAACUGGAAAAUUAGCAAAGCAACUGAAAAAUUCCAAACUACA